UGAGCUGUCUGAAUUGCGCAACGGGCUGAGGUGGAUUGGUUAAGUUUGUUUGCAAAGUCCCCUGAAACGUUCCCCACCUCCCUCAAAUUUGGACCACAAAAGCCCCUUGAGCAAGAAAUGCCCAGUACUUGUUAAAACUCUGAAAGCAACGGCAAUGGCAAAUUCAAGCUCUGAUGUCACUUUACCAAACCUCAGCGAGUUUCUGCAGGCGGACCCGUACAUAAAACAGUACGAGGGAGAGCUUCACAGAAGAUACAGGCGGUAUGCUGAGCGCGUGGCACAGUUGGAGGAGGCAGAAGGGAACUUUGAUCAGUUCACGCGGAGCUACCAGUCCUAUGGAAUACAGCGCCGAUCCGACAAUAGCCUGCUCCUUAGGGAAUGGGCACCAGGAGCGGAGGCCGUCUUCCUAACUGGGGAUUUCAACUUCUGGGAGAAGCUGUCUUAUCCUUUCACACAGAAAGAGUUUGGGAAGUGGGAACUGUACCUCCCUCCAAAAGUGGACAAAUCUCCUGCAGUAGCGCACAUGACCAAGCUCAAGCUUGUGAUCCUGACUAAAAAAGGUGAAUAUCUUUUUCGGAUCUCUCCUUGGGCAAAAUACGUCACAAAAAGUUUGGAUUCUGUCACCUAUGACUGGACUCACUGGGACCCUCCACAACCAUACCUGUUUCAACACCCAAGACCCCCUCGGCCCGGCAGCCUUCGUAUCUACGAGGCCCAUGUGGGCAUCGCCUCGCCUGAGGAAAAGAUUGCCUCGUACAAUAACUUCUCCCAAAAUGUGCUACCUCGCAUUAAAGAUCUGGGAUACAACUGUGUUCAGCUCAUGGCAGUCAUGGAACAUGCCUACUAUGCAAGCUUUGGCUAUCAAGUCACUAACUUCUUUGCCGCAUCCAGUCGGUUUGGCAUUCCUGAUGAUCUGAAGCAUCUGGUUGAUACUGCACACUCCAUGGGCAUCACAGUUCUGCUGGAUGUGGUCCACAGUCAUGCCUCCAGCAACACUGAAGAUGGGCUGAACUACUUUGACGGGACAGACUCCUGCUUCUUUCACGGUGGCUCCAGAGGGAACCACUCACUCUGGGGCAGUCGAAUAUUCAAUUACUCCAGCUGGGAGGUGGUGCGGUUCCUCCUCUCCAACCUGCGCUGGUGGAUGGAGGAGUAUCACUUUGAUGGCUUCAGGUUUGAUGGUGUGACUUCUAUGCUGUACCACCACCAUGGCAUUGACAUGUCUUUUUCGGGGAGCUACAGAGAAUAUUUUGGCAUGCAUGUGGAUGAAGACGCACUCAUAUAUCUGAUGCUGGCCAAUCAUAUUCUGCACAAGUUCUACCCACUGUGCAUCACUGUAGCAGAGGAUGUAUCAGGGAUGCCAGGCGUGUGCAGGUCCAUUGAAGAGGGAGGACUGGGCUUUGAUUAUCGUCUGACCAUGGCCGUGCCAGACAAAUGGAUUCAGAUCCUGAAGGAAGUUAGGGAUGAGGACUGGGAAUUAGGGACCAUUGUUCACACCCUGACCAACAGAAGGAGAGGGGAAGCCUCAAUCACAUAUGCUGAGAGCCACGACCAGGCAUUGGUUGGAGACAAGUCUCUGGCCUUCUGGCUGAUGGACAAGGAGAUGUACACCAACAUGAGCGCUCUCAUUGCCAUGACACCUGUCAUAGAUCGUGGCAUCCAGCUCCAUAAACUCAUCCGUCUCCUCACUCACAGCCUGGGAGGGGAGGGCUACCUCAACUUCAUGUGUAAUGAGUUUGGCCAUCCGGAAUGGCUUGACUUUCCCAGAAGAGGAAAUAACGAGAGCUACUAUUAUGCCCGUCGCCAGUUCAACCUUGUGGACAUUGAGCAUUUGCGAUACCGACAACUAUACGCUUUUGACCGUGACAUGAAUCUCACAGAAGACAAAUACGGCUGGCUGGCUGCCAGUCAGGCAGUGGUCACAACUCUAAAUCAGGCUGAUAAGGUCAUCGUAUUCGAACGAGCAAAACUUCUGUUCAUCUUUAACUUCCAUCCCAGCAACAGCUACAUCGACUACAGGGUGGCAGUGGAGCAUGCUGGGAAAUAUAAAAUCAAACUGAACUCGGAUGAGCUGCAGUAUGGGGGUCAUGGGAGACUCAUUCAGAACACUGAGUUCUUCACGGAGCCUAUGCCUUUCAACAACCGAUCCCACUCGUUUCUGAUCUACAUUCCCUGCAGAACAGCCCUGAUUCUGGCAAAUGAGGAUAUUGAUUACAGAAACUGAAGACAAAUUAAUGGAGCUGAAUGUUGUAUUGGAUGGAUCUCUUAAGUCUCUGCAUCCAUACACCAACAUGCAUAGAUAUUGUCCUAUGAUGUAGGCCCAUAGUUUUAAUCUCCAUUUGAAUAUUGUAGGCAUCAAUUGUGCAGGUUAGAAUAAUUAAAAAAAAAAAAUUUGUUUAAAAUUUUCGUCUAGUCUAGUCUUGUCAAGUGUAGCCUAGUCUAGUCUUUUGUUUUGUUUUGUUUUGUUUUGUUCUACUUCGCGUCUUGACUUGUGUUGUUUCUUAUCUUGUUUUGUUUUGUUCUGCUCCACUCCAUGUUUUGUUUUGUUUCAUUCUGCUCCGCUCCUUGUUUUGUCUUGUCUUCUGUUCUGUUUUGUUCCACUCUGCUCUCCUCUGCUCCUUGUUUUGUUCCAUCCCCAUUCCAUUCCAUUCCAUUUUUUUUUUUUUACAUUAGUUAAUUCAUUAGGUAUCAAGAACCAAUACUGAACUUUAUUUUUUUGUACAGCAUUUAUUAAUCUUAAUUAAUGCUAUAUUAUAAGUAUACUAUUGUUCAUUAUUGGUUUAUGUUAGUUCAUAUUGCAUUAACCAAUAUAUACAUCUUUUAAUAUUAUAAUGUAUAAGAAAAUGUAGAAAUAACAUAACAUUAACAGUAAGUAAUAUUAAUGAAUGCUGCAAAAUUAUUGUUCAUUGUUAUUCUAUGUUAACUACAGUGCUACCAUGUCAAUGUACAGUAUAAAACCUUAUUGUUAAUUGUUACUUAUAUAUAUAUAUAUAUAUAUAUAUGUAUAUAAUUUGACAAGAGGGAGAAGCAAUCAAUAAUUUUGUUCACCCUGAAGGUUAUAACAUUUUUAAAUGUUUCAGUUGUAUCACAAAAGUACUGAGAGCCUUUAAUGUUUUGUUCUGAGCAUUCAUUGUUUAUGCAGAACAUUCAUGCAUUGUGCUGAUUGCAUAUUGCUUGUAUUAUGACAUCAUCAAGGUAAUGUCUUUUUCUGUGUCUCUGUUCAUCCGGCUCUCCCUCUCUCUCUUCCACAUAAACUUAUCCUGUCUUCACUUAGCCUUAAAUGCCUCCAUUCUAUGAUCCUGAUUUAGUGGGCCAUUAAAAACUUUUACAGCACUGGGUGACAUCAUGGUCCAAUUAGAUGUGUUAGGAAGAAUGAAUCUCCUGGGCACUGGGAAUCUAGUGUCCUCUCUAGGGAAGAAGUAUUCUGUUGUAUUCGAUCCCAUG